AUGAUGACUGACUAUCGCAGUUGUCAAUAUGAUCAAGGUAGUGGUAACUAUGUUUAUAAUCCACAUCAAAAUUUGCUUCAUCAUCAUUUACAUCCUACUGCUCAUCAUAAUCCACAACAACAAAUAUAUGAUACGGCAGCUGCUGCGGCCUCCUAUGCUGCAAUAUUACCAGCAGAAUUUGCGUCCAGUUAUACACAACUAUAUCAUGGUAAUCUGCGUUAUUCAACAUACGAUAAUACAACAUCACUUUAUGCUUCUAACACUUAUAAUAACCAACAAACAUCAAAUGAACUUGAACCCAUUAAUGGUGGUUUAUUGUCUUAUACAACAUCAUCAACCAAUGGAAAUUGCUCAUUACAACAAUCAUCCUAUUCUAAUCGACUAUCACCGUUACCACCACUACCACCAUCUUCCAGUAGUACAUCACUAACAAGAAAUAAUACCAAUCAAAAUUUUUAUACAAAUUCUUCGAAUAAUACCAAAUCAGUUUUGUCUCCAUCUCAACCGACGAUCUCGCCGAUUAAAUCAGCGUUAACACCCACAAUUCAAAACUAUGGUUCACCAUCUUCAACGAUGUCUUCUUCGUUAUCGCCACAUACAAGUGAUGAUGGAAAAGAGCCUUAUAAAGAUUUAUUAUCAUCAUCGAAAACUGAAUGCACCGAUAAUGGUAGUCAACAUCAUAUUUUAGCACCAACGGAUAGUUGUGAUGGUACACGACGAUGUCUGUUGUGGGCAUGUAAGGCUUGUAAACGAAAAACAGUAACAGUCGAUAGACGUAAAGCGGCGACUCUGCGUGAAAGACGACGACUACGUAAAGUAAAUGAAGCAUUUGAAACGUUAAAACGUCGAACAUGUCCAAAUCCUAGUCAACGUUUACCAAAAGUUGAAAUAUUACGAAAUGCUAUUGAAUAUAUUGAAAAUUUAGAAGAUUUAUUACGUUCGGCAGGUGUUUCAGCAAGACAAAUAAUUGAGAAACAAAAUUUAAAUAACAACAGCACAACAGCGGUAACAAGAGACGAUUGUCCGGUGAAGUCUACCCGAUCAACAGCAACAAAUUACAGUGAAAAAUAUGCCGAUUAUAAUUCAACAGCAACACAAUAUUCAACAAUUGAAACAAAUAGUAAGUAUGACUGA